CAAGCCCCGCGCAAGUCAAGCCAAGUCAAAAUACGCGAACCCCAGAAGUGGGGAAGUGGCGCAGUCUCAGUGCGGCUCCCAAUAAGCGGUCAAAAUCAGAUGAGUCUCCGUCGGUGUAAUUCGGUAUCGGUAAAGCUCUGAGCCAGUUGAAAAUUCACUCUGAACAAACUGUCCCGUGCCCGUGAUUGUCGCGUCGCCCCGGUGGAAGCCCCACUGUCGAUCCCGCCUCCGUUCGGUGGUUGUUGUCACCGCACGCUCCAGCUCCAGUUCAAUAACACUGCAGACGAGCUCUUUGUGCCGUUAGGUGUCUUCGAGUGUGUGUCGGUUGUAAAAUGCUAGGUUAGGGUCUGGCGAAGUCGGCCAGAGUGUGGUGUCUCAGACGAUUUGUUCGAUGGUGAAAUCUGUGGAUUAUGCGCUGCUGAUGGAAUACGACUGUUGGUGCAUUGCCCUGUCGACAAACGCACAGGUUGUGCGGUUUCGGGAUACUUCACCUCAACUAUAAUGUCGGGGAGUCAUAUGAAUAGCGAGCAGGAGCACAAGUCGCCAAGGGAAAGCGGCGAGGACUCGGAAGACGAAAGCGAAAUCCUGGAGGAGAGCCCCUGCGGCAGAUGGCUUAAGCGGCGAGAGGAGGUGGAACAAAGAGAUGUGCCUGGAAUCGACUGCGCCUAUCUGGCCAUGGACACAGAAGAAGGAGUCGAAGUCGUAUGGAACGAAGUCCAGUUUUCGGAACGUAAAAAUUUUAAGAACCAAGAGGAAAAAAUCCAACUCAUUUUUGAAAAUCUCACGCAACUCGAGCACCCUAACAUUGUCAAAUUCCAUCGGUAUUGGACCGAUACACACAACGACAAGCCUCGAGUCAUAUUCAUUACGGAAUACAUGUCCUCAGGUUCCUUGAAACAGUUCCUCAAGCGUACGAAACGCAACGUGAGAAGGCUGCCACUCCCUGCGUGGAGGAGAUGGUGUACACAGAUCCUCUCCGCUUUAAGUUACUUGCAUUCCUGUUCUCCGCCAAUCAUCCACGGCAAUCUGACCUGUGAUACCAUAUUUAUACAGCACAAUGGCCUCGUCAAGAUCGGAUCAGUGGCUCCUGAUUCCAUAAACCAUCACGUUAAAACAUGCCAGGACGAUUUCAAAAAUAUGCAUUUCAUUGCACCAGAACAUCCUAGCACAAUGGGCCCCCCGAUGGACAUCUACUCGUUCGGCAUGUGCGCGCUGGAAAUGGCCGCUCUCGAAAUCGUGGGCAACGGCGACUCCGGCAACAAAGUAACGGAGGAGAACAUCAAGAAAACGAUCGAUUCGCUCGAGGACGAGCAGCAGAAGGAUUUCAUCAAGAAGUGUCUCCAGAAGAGCCCCAACGACCGGCCGACAGCCAAGGAGCUCCUCUUCCACCCCCUCCUGUUCGAAGUGCACAGUCUUAAGCUCCUGGCGGCCCAUUGUUUGGUCAAGAGAUCUGCAAACAUAUCUGAAACGAUAACAGAUGAGUUGAUGCAGAGGUGGUACGGGCCUGAUAUGAUCGUGGCCGAGAUCCGGCGCAAGAAUGGACCCCCGGUUCAGAUGAAAAUGUCCGACGUUCCCGUGACGGAGAAGUUGGAGAAGUUCGUCGAGGACGUGAAAAACGGCAUUUAUCCUUUAACGGCCUUCGGUGCUAAGCAACCCCCUCCAGCCCGAUCGAGGGCGAUAUCACCGGAAAUGGCGGAAUCGGUCAAGUCCGUCACGCCGGAACCGAUGGAUGUAGAAAAUAGGAAAAUUGUCAAUAUGAUGUGCGACAUCAAACCCAAAGAAGAGAGCUGUGAUUUAUUGUUGACGAUUGUACUCCGUAUGGACGAUAAAAUGAAUCGCCAUUUGACUAGUUGUAUUACGCAAACGGAUUCUCCGAAAGCUUUAGCUCAAGAGUUGGUACAUUAUGGUUUCAUAAAUGAAGACGAUCGAGACAAGAUUGCCACCCUUAUAGGAGAGACGUUAAAGGACUGUUGUUCCGGCCGUAGUAGUCCGAGUCGAAUUUUUCAGCCCUUAUCGCAUCUGCCCCCUCCUACCCAACCGGCGGCGGCCUUGGUGAAUGCAACGUUACCGUUGGCGGCGACGGCGGUGGUCAAUUCCACACCUACUCAAGUGCCCAUGCACUCCACUAGUUAGUAAAACAUAGAUACUGCCAAUGCACUUUCGUAUUUCUAAGAUGUCAAAGUAAACGUUAUUUAUCAUAAACACAGUGUCUGGACUAACUAGACUAUCGUGGAAAAAAUGCAGGGAGUUAAUAAUAAAAAUCGGGAUUCCGAUCAGUCGUUAUCGGCGUCCAGAUGCGUGAUAAACCGUAGAUAAGCUUACUAGGCCGCCUGCAUUUUUCCGAGCUAGGUUCAUGCCUUAUUUGGGUUAGUCUACGUCAUGGUAGAGUUAGAAAGAAGAAGACUGUAAAAUGCUGGACAUUACACUAGUCAUGUGACCACGUGUUAAUCUGUGAUCAGAGCUUCAAUGACAUAAACGCUGGACUGUUUAAUCAUAGAUUUCAUAUUGUAUGUGAUCUGUUUAUGAUAAUUUUGUAACUCCUAGGCCGCGUCGCAAGAAUCUGUUGAAUCGUUUCGUUUCGUUUCUGUCAAUACUCGUCGCAAAUGCAUUAUUGUUUGCCCCUUGAGACUGAUGAUGUACUAAUUAAGGAGAAAUUGUGAAUAGUGGUAGUCGUGCAGGACAGGACCAAUGUGGAAGGUUAGUGUCGUUGGGAACUAGCAUUUACGUCAGCUUUUGUUUCGUCAACGAAUUUUUUCGGGCCUAAAUUCUGUUGUUUGCGACUGACGUGAAUGGCGAGUUGGGUCAGUGGAGGGAUUGUAAAUAGGGUAAUUCUAACAAGUGUAUGAAAUUGUAGAUAUUGGAUUUUUUAUUGAGGAAAUUAGAGUAAGGAUUAUUUAUUUCUGUUAGAGGUCCCGUGUGAUAAUUCGCUCAAAGUUCUGGAUGAUGGCUAACCUGUGUAGGUUGAUAGUCGGUUCGCUUGCCCAUCCGAUUCCAGUACAGCCGCAGCAGUCUUUCCGUUAACUAAACCAAUGUUCACACUCACAGCUUCUUCACCGUAACCUCUUGAGAAACACAUUCAGAUUACUGUUCUUCCCUAGAGACCGAACACACGUGCAGAGUUUUUAUUUGUGGACAUCCAUACGUAUUUCGCUGUUAGUGAUAUUAUAGACUAUGAUUUUUUAUACUUAUUUAUUUCUCAUUUGUUACCCAUACCCAUCGGUUCGCAUUGCCAUCAUGAAUUAGCUUGUUUAUGAUUUAGGUUAGUCAUGCCUCUGCAUGUUGUUCAUUAUUAUUGCUCACAUUGAGCAAGUGUAUAUCAAAUUCUAUAUUGAAUGCUACGGAGACUUUGCAUUUCAAGCUCCCGCCAAACACCUCAGCGCUGGCUCUCGAGUGCUCGCCACUCCCUCAAUUACAUAAUUUCAUUUAAGUUGUGUUUAUUUGUAUUGUAAUAUCACCAUUCUUUAUUGUAUACCUUAUUUAAAUAAAGAUGCAAUACGGACAA